GUUUUCAUCAUUAGGAGAGAAGUAGUCUGCCUAUGGUAGUACGGAUUAAUACUAGUCUAUACAUGGCAAUGGAUUUAAAUGGAUAUCAAUUGUGAAAUAAAUCACGCCGCUUAUGGUGAGAUUUAUUUUUAUAUCCACUGCUCUUUCACUUCUCUUCCUGGAAAUACCAGCUGAUUUACUGAAAAUCUUCAGUGAACAUAGGGAUACCAUGCAGUGUUAAACGAAGAAUGCGAGGAUUGCUCUGUUUUAAAUACAUGAAGAUGAAAAGAUCAACAGCUCAGAUUUGUGGUAUUCGACAUAAACAAAGUAGAAUUUCUUCAUCUUCAUCAAUAACCGAAGACAUUGUGGAAAAUGGCAACAUUAAAACACUGACCUCCGAGAAAAAUGAAUCAUCGCUAGACAGCCGCGUUCUGCCUGCCUCUCUCCCUACCAAUCAUAAACCUUUGGCUUGCAAAGACGAAGAAAAUGGACGUGAAAUAAAGAAAGUCCGAAAAGAAGAAAGCAUCUCGAUUUUAAAGCAAGAAUAUUCCAAAGAUCGACCUGAACAUUUUUAUCAUUUUUAUGGAAAAGAUUCGCCUUUCAGUAAUUUUCACCCAGCUAGAUUCACGUUAGAGGGCAUUGCAUACAGCUGUAGCGAACAGUAUAUGAUGUACCAAAAAGCAGUGCUUUUUCAUGAUGAAAAGCAAGCCAAAGAAAUACUGAAGGCCAGUGACCCGCUAACGAUGAAGAUGUUGGGCAGAAAAGUGAAACAUUUUGACGACGACGUGUGGACCAAACGAUGUGUAGACAUCGUCAAGACGGGGGUACUAGCUAAGUUUAAGCAAAACCAACACUUGGAGAGAGCCCUCAUUGACACGUAUCCUAGGAUCCUUGCCGAGGCCACGCCCAGAAGUCCGUUGUGGGGAAUUGGAUUAGGCCUCAAAGACCCUCAGAUCAACAGUCGGAGGUCAUGGCGAGGCAAGAACUGGCUAGGAUACUUAUUGACCGAUGUUAGAAAUCAAAUUAUGGAAGAGAGGGGACUGUUUUCCUAGAGUCUGCCGUUAGAACUUUUUUAUUUGCUUGCCGUUAGAACUUGCAAAUGAUGUACUAAGGAACUGUUUGCAUCUACAUAAUUAACCUGUUAAUCACCAUCUCAGGCCAAGGGAUCAUUGUUGGAAGGUAUCAGGAAACUGUCGGAAUGAUUUAUAUUCCCCACAAACAUCGAGAUGAUUCUAACUCGGAGCGAAUUGGAUCGAAUUCCCAAGACGAACGUAGCCAACCGAAAACCCUUGGCUUGAGAAGAUGCUGAAAAAUGUUGCUACUAUUUGAUCUGUAGAAUUCGUUUAUUUAUUGUGUGCAUUAAAGGAUUAUAGUAAUUUGA